CCAAGAGUUGGAAACAAAACAUGUCAUUUUGCUAAAACGUUUUGCUACAUUUUAAGGAGUAAACAAAGUCACUCAACAAGAAUUUGGAAUUAUUUUGCAUUGCCUAAUGAAAGUAAUUUUAGAGCAUAUAAGAAUAAUAGCUCAUUAUUAAGAAGUCGGCAUGGUGCAUUUGCAAAAGCAACUGUGUUCAGUCAGAUAAUAAAGGAGGCCUGGCUUUUGUGGUGAGUUCUAUAUAAACUCAUUUCCUUCCUGGAGUUCUUCUAUUUGCUCAAUUGCUGGAGGAUUUAGAAGCUUCACUGGGAAGAAGAAGCUAGCACUUAUUUAUACAAAAUAAAACAAGCUGCGAGCAUGGAUAGAGCGAAGAUCUUCACAGCUGAAGGACUGCUCCUGUUACUGCUGUUAAGUGCAGCCCAAGCGACUCGCUGCUCUCCCUGUUCAUGUGAGCCUCUUGCAAAUGUGUGGGGUGGAUGGACAAUGGACUGCCGCUUUAUAGGACUGAAAGACAUUCCUCCCUUGAUUCCUAAUACCAAGAACCUUUAUCUACAAAACAACAGUUUGACCACUGUCCCCUCUGGUGCACUGGACCACUUAAACCUGAAGGAAGUUGAUUUCUCCAACAACCCUUGGCACUGCGACUGCUCUAUUUUAUAUCUGAAAAAGUGGCUGGAAGAUUUCAGCCCAGCUGCUCUGGCCAAGGUCACGUGUGCCACACCGGUUUCUGUAAAGGGAAAAGCCUUGAGUCAACUGAAUGGGAAUGAACUGGAAGGCUGUCGGAAGCCUCUUCCAAUCAAAUGCCUUGAUUUCUUCUGGAGGGACAUUGCUCUGAUUUGUAUGGCUGUCAUUGCUUUCAUUUCAACAUUAUUCCUUCUGCAACGGGCAAAGAAAUUAGCCUCUAAGGCAGGCAGAAAGCCACACUCCUUUGAAGUCCCGCUACUGCAGGAUCAUGACCUGGAGAGCCAAAAGUCAAAAUGAGGUGUUACAGUAGCUAAAAGCCUUUCAACAAGAACACGAAAGUUAUCUGUGAAGGUCAGCAUGGUACAAACUGAGGGAGCAUGCAGGCAUCACUGUGUGAUUCCGAACACUGUCACUCACCUUCUCCUUUCCCCUUCAUGCUUUUUGAAAACACCUUUGCCUGAAGAAGUACUCUUCAAGAGCUUGCACAGAUAUUUUUGACCCAUUUCAGUUGGUCUGAUAAGAAUACUAUCACAAGAAACUUUAACAUUUGUAUUCUCGUCAGCUUGGUUACCCCUACAUUACAGUUGCUGAACAUAUUAUUUGUGGUAAAGUCAUAAUACAAUUCUGCUUUGUUGUUUUGUAGCUAUUCCUUAUUUUUUCUAACUGGGAAUAACUACCAUUAGAAUAAAGUCAAUAAAGAGAAGGAGAUA